UGAAAAACCCUUUUUUUCAUUCUAUAACCAACUUCUUCUUCGUCCCUUCACCUUCUCUUCUUUUCUUUCCAGCUCUUGAAUCUCAAUUAUUCAUGCCCUACAAUUUUUGAGCCUUUUUUAGUACAAAUUAACGUUUCUUCUCAACUUUCUUCAACCGUUCCCUUUUCCCAUCGUAUCACAAUGUUUGACGCGUUGUUGAAAAGCAAGUUUUUUUCGAAAUGCAAGUCGGAUAUUAAGCUGACACGGGCACGAAUCGAGAUUAUAACGAAAAAGAGAAAUGCAACACAGAAAUAUCUGAGGAAUGAUGUUGCUGAUCUGCUUCGAAAUGGAUUGGAUACUAUCGCCUUUAACAGGGCUGAAGGGCUUCUUGCUGAUAUGAACAAGUCUCAGUGUUACAAGUUAAUCGAUGAGUAUUGUGAACAUCUCUCGAAUCAUCUUCCUGCCAUGAACAAACAGAGUGAAUGCCCCGAAGAGUGCAGAGAAGCUGCAGCAUCGUUGGUGUUUGCAGCAGCGAGAUUUGCUGAUCUGCCAGAGCUGCGUGAGCUGAGGACGAUGUUUUCUGAGAGAUACGGGAAGUCCUUGGACUAUUACGUCAACAAACAGUUCACCGAGAUGUUGAAGGUGGAUCCUCCCUCAAAUGAUAUGAAGCUUCAGUUAUUGCAAGAAAUAGCUGCAGAAUCUGGCUUAAAUGCAUAUGAUAAGAGUGUGGAUAAAGUUAGGAAAGCAGCAGCGCCCAAGGAGGAUGAUGAAGACGAGAGUGUGGUUGACAAUGCACUUACAGGUAAUAAGCCGGUGGGGAAAUCAGCAAGGACAAGACUCACAAAACCUCCACCAGCGCAGGAGGUUGCUGUAGGUGAUGAGAAUGAGAAGGUGGUGAACAUAGAAAACGUGGCACAAGGUCGAAGGACCUUGAGAUUCUUUAAUGGUGGCGGUGGCCAUAGAGACGAAGAAGAGAAGACGAUGGACAGGCUUCUAAGGCACUACAGUAUGAAAAAGGGAUCAAAGAGAACUGAAAAAUCAGAACAAGAGGCAAAGCUAAGGAGUCAAGAUGGUCCAACCAGAGCAUCGUCUCUUCCUGUCGAGCCAAUUGGUCCCACGGAGACUGAUCCUACGAAGCUUCCUCAGGCUGCAUCAUGCCAUCCGGACCUAAUGAAUGCCAACGUUCAUGUGCACCCCAAGCUGCCCGACUACGAUGAAUUUGUGGCUCGGCUUGCUGCUUUUAGAGAAAAAUGAGCCUGCAUAAUAUAGUGUGUGAAGCAUUCACAUCAUUCUUUCUUGUUUGAGGAUUAAGGUUUUGGUGAUAUUUCUCAUUCACCUUGUUCAUCUUUCAUAUUCAUAUUCAUAUUCUUUAUGAAUUUUUGGAACUAUUAUAACAUUUUUAACAUGUUG